GAAACGGAGUACGUAGUUAUUUUCGAAUUGUUUGUAAAAAUUUCUGAAAGAAUGCUGUGUGUUUCGGUGUUGGUUUUUUUGCUGAUUGGUGUUCUAGCACAAGAAUUGAAACAGGGACCAUGUCCUUACAUACGGCCUGUGUCCUACAAUCCAACUGCUUAUCUCGGAUGGUAUGAGUACAAACGUAGUCCCCAUAUAAGAAACAACGAUGAGAGGUGUAUCAAAUCGAUGAUGUACGAACCACAAAAAGGUGUAUACAAAGUACUCAAUAAAUUUCAUGUGGAUAGCAUCAACUCAACUAUGACGACGUUUGGCGACUUGUACUUAAAUGAUGACAACACAUAUUUUACCAGCAUCAUUCCGCAUGUCGGACCAAAAAACACCCAUUUCCGAGUUCUUUCCAUCGACAAGGAACAUGUCAUAGUGUGGUCUUGCGAAGAUCGCGGAUUUCAACAUAUUGAAUCCGGUUGGGUGUACACAGCGACUCCAAGAACUCCUUCAGCGGAAAUUGAUGAAAAAAUACGAAGAUCUUAUGCCAAAUUUGGACUUCAAGUCCCGGAAAUGUACACACAUAAUUUAGAAGAGUGUCGUCAGAUUUUUGCAACCUACUAA